UCCAGCGCCGCGCCGCCCUACGCCUACCCCUUCUCCGUCGCUCCGAUGAUGGGCGUCACGGACCGGCACUGGCGCUGGAUGGCGCGGCAGAUGUCGCGCAAGACGCUACUCUACACGGAGAUGGUCGUGGACAACGCUUUAAACCACAACGCGCACAACCUCGGCGGGACGCAGUUCCUGGGCCACGACGCGUGCGAGGCGCCCGUCGCGGUGCAACUCGGGGGCAACGACGCGAAGGCGCUCGGCGACGCGGCGGCGCUGUGCGUGGACUACUUCGGCGACAGCUGCGUGGAGAUCAACUUGAACUGCGGCUGCCCGAGCAACGUCGUCGCGGCGCGCAACGAGUUCGGCGCGCGGCUGAUGCUGGACCCGGAGAAGGUCCGGGGCAUCGUCCACGAAUUGAUCCGCCGCUGCCCGUCGACGCCGGUCACGGUCAAGCACCGCCUGGGCACGGACCUGAGCGGCUCCGACUACGCGACGACGCUGGCGUUCGUCCGCGCGUCGCGGGCCGCGGGCUGCCGCCACUUUGUUUUACACGCGCGCGAGGCGGUCCUCGACAAGAAGUUCUCGACGCAGCAGAACCGGACGAUCCCGCCGCUGAAGCCCGACGUGGCGCACAGGCUCGCGCGGGACCUGCCGGACUGCACAUUCGCCAUGAACGGCAUGCUGCGGUCCCUCGAGGACUGCGCGGCGCACCUGUCCGGGUGGAACGGGCUACCCCCUGUGCACAGUACGAUGGUCGGCCGCGCGGCGUGGUACCAGCCCUGGGACCUCCUCGCGACGGCGGACACGGCCCUCUACGGCGCGGCGUCGGAUCCGGCGGCGUCGCGGCGCGACGUGCUCGAGGCCUACCUCGACUACGCGGACGAGCAGUACGCGGCGCUCGACGUCGCGGAGGACUGCCUCUACCGGCCGCUCUUCUACCUCUUCGGCGGCGAGCAGAACUCGAAGAAGUUCCGCGUCCGCCUCGCCGACGAGGUCACGCGG